AUGUCGCGCGCACGGGUUUUGGGCCGAUGCCGGUCGGCGCCCGUAUCGCGACUCGGCCUCAUCACUCGGCCAUGGCCAGCUUUCAACAGCUUCAGCGCCGGCGCAACUCGAGCAAGCACCGGCAGGCGGGGAUUCCAUGCGGCGACAGUUUUACAUGAAAAGGUGAAUUCGCCUUCUCGGUCCUUUCAACAGGGUCCUGUGGACGACACCUCACGCAAGGCUUUAUCCGAGAUUGCCUUUGCCUUUGACAUCGAUGGAGUCUUGUAUCAGGGCCAAAGGGCGAUUCCGGGAGCCAAGGAGAUGCUCAGGAGGAUCAGAUCGCACGACAUCCGCUACGUCUUCCUGACCAACGGCGGCGGCAGUCACGAAGAUGCCAAGUUCAAAUCACUAUCUAAGCGUCUAGGACUUUCGGAAAACGAGGAUGUGAUCCGCAACAGGGUCAUUCUCUCGCACACGCCGAUGCGAGGGUGGGACGAGAGCGUCAAGAAGCAGGGAACGGUGCUGAUUACGGGAUCUCACCCAGAGAUUGCUCGCAGGGUAGCCAACGAGUCGGUGGCCGUGACACCGGCAGACAUCAUUGAAGCCAACGACAAGGUGUAUCCGUUUGACAACCUGCGAGAGAGCCUUCACAGAGAGUCACGGCCGCUUCCCGACGGCAAGAUUGUAUCAAACACCAUUGAUCCCUACAGCAAGGAGGUGCCGGCGAACGCGCUCAAGAUUGACCAGAUCCUUGUCUGGAACGACCCGAGGGAUUGGUCCCUGGACAUUCAGGUGAUCCACGAUCUGCUCAUCUCGCAUCGCGGUUAUCUAGGCACGAUUUCCGGCAAGAACGGCAACGCUCAGCUCCCCAACAACGGAUGGCAGCAGGACGGCCAGCCACAGCUCUGGAUCUCCAACCUGGACCUCCUGUGGAAGACGGAAUACCCCGUCAACCGCUUCGGAACAGGCGCGUUUGUCGAGGCGCUAAAGGGCGUGUGGGCCGCAUCGACGGGCGGCGCCGAGCUGCAGUUCAGCGCCCUGGGCAAGCCGUCGAGACACACUUACGAGUACGCACACGACCGGCUGCUUCACCACGCGCCCGAGGAGCCGCACGGCAAGGACGAGAGGAAGAAGAAGCCGCUGAGGCGGGUUUACAUGAUUGGCGACAACCCAGAGAGCGACAUCCGGGGCGCCAACGAGUUUGUGCCGGCGGACGGGACGGAGUGGAUUUCGAUAUUGGUCAAGACGGGCGUGUGGAAAGAGACGGCGGCGGAGAGAGAGCCGAGGUACAAGCCGGCGGUGAUUGUGGACGACGUGGUUGAGGCGAUUGCGUGGGCCAUGAGGAACGAGGGAGUGGAGGUGACGAGGGAAUGGCUGGCGAGCGAGGACUGGGUGUGA